AGUGGAUGUGGGCCUGUAUGUAGUGUGUCAGUGGGAGGAGCGUUCAGAGAGGAUUAGUGCGCUGGUUUCACCUACAGUAUGUGUGUGUGUCUCUCUGUGCGUGUGUGAGUGUGUUUUUGCGUUGCAGACCAGUGAAGUAGCUCGAGGACAUACCGAGUGUGUGUUUGAGGUUAAACCUGCUGCUGAGCGUCUUUAUACCGUCCAACCGGAGAGAGGAUCCGUCCCACGGACAAGAAUGAGGUCUUCGUCUGCUUAGUGACCCGUCCCCGUUAAAGAUGGUUCAGCAAAGGUCCUCUGUGAUUAUGCUUCGUCCUGUGGUUAUGGUUGCACCCAGUAAGCAGUCAGGAAUGUCCUCCUUCUCCUGCCUAUGACAUGGUUUAAACAACGUAUGAUCCGGUCACCAUGAUGGCCUCCAUGGUUGCCAAUGGAAACCCAGAUGGGCAGUCUCUGGUCUUGAAAGGGGUGGAUCCAGAGACCUGCAUGAUUGUGUUCAAGAACCACUGGGCCCAGGUGGUGAAGAUCCUAGAGAAGCAUGAUCCCCUACGCGGCAGCUCCACCCUGCCCUCCCUGAGUGUCAUCAACCUCAACGCCGGCUCCAGCGGCGGCCCUCGUUUCGGCCCUGUCCCCGGAGACGAGGCGAACGCGGUGCAGAACUAUGUGGAGCACAUGCUGUUCCUGCUGAUGGAGGAGGACAGCGGCCAGGCCGGCGCCAUGGGCCCCAUCCUGGAGUUUGUAGUGAUGGAGAACGUGAUGGAGCGCCUCUUCGUGUGGAGCCUACGCAGGGAGUUCACCGACGACAUGAAGCUGGAGCAGCUGAAGAUGUACGAGAUGCUGGUGGGCCAGGCGCGCCAGCCCCUGCUGCAUCACAAGCCCAUCCUGCGUCCGCUCAUGAUGCUGCUGUCGUCCUGUUCGGGCACGGCGGCGGCGCGGGUCGAAGCCGAGCUGGUGCUGCUGCUCCACCAGCUGUGCUGCGUUCUGGCGAAGGACCCUUCAAUUCUGGAGCUGUUCUUCCACACCAGCGAGGAUCAAGGAGCCACCAACUUCCUCAUCUUCUCCCUGCUCAUCCCCUUCAUCCACAGGGAGGGCACGGUGGGCCAGCAAGCCAGAGACGCACUGCUGCUCAUUAUGUCGCUGUCUGCUGAGAACGAGCGAGUGGCCAAACACAUCGCAGAGAAUACCUACUUCUGUCCGGUUCUGGCCACAGGGCUGAGCGGCCUGUACUCAUCUCUGCCCACCAAGCUGGAGUUUCCCAAUGAGGAGUGGCACUGCCUGCACAAAGAGGACUGGCUCCAGAUGCCGUCCCUCGUCCAGUUUCUCAACUCGCUGGAGUUCUGCAACGCCGUCAUUCAGGUGGCCAACCCUGAUAUCAGAGACCAGCUAGUUAGCUACAUCUACAACGGGUUCCUCGUGCCUGUCCUAGCACCAGCUCUCCACAAGCUGACCCUGGAGGAGGUGAUGACCACCACAGCAUACCUCGACCUCUUCCUGAGGACUGCGUCUGAGCCGGCUCUGCUGCAGACGUUCCUCUCCUUCAUCCUCCUCCACCGACACGAGAACGUCCACAUUUUAGAUACUCUAGUCAGCCGCAUCAACACGCCCUUCCAGUUGGGCACUGUGUCACUGGCACUUUUCCGCACUCUCAUCGGCUUAUACUGUGAAGAUGUGAUGCUGCAGCUCGUAUUGAGGUACCUGAUCCCCUGUAAUCACAUGAUGUUGAGUCAGAGACGUGUCGUGGGGGAGAGGGACUGCUACUCUGUGUCAGCAGCCAAGAUCCUGGCAUUAACACCGUCCUGCUGCUCUCCUGAUCACAGCCCCCCACCUCUACGACAGCUGGACUCCAUCCUCUUUUCUAAGGGGGCAGAGACUCCCAGCAACACCAGCGCCACGGAGGAAAAUGAGAGCUUCUUAGAAGAUGAUGACGGCUCGGGUAACUCCUGCACCAUCGGCUCAGAAAUCUACCUGGAUGUCAGUUAUCUUCAUUACCUCUACGACGCCCGUCUGAGCAUCAGCAGCUGCAUACGGGCUUGCCAGGUUUGGUCAGCACCGUACGACAGCGAGGACCCCCCUCCUGAGAAAUACCAGCCCGGCGUCCUCGAGGAGUCGGCGCUGAAGAUUCGGCCAACCCAGAUGGCUUUCAAGAGAGUUCCACAGCCUGUAGCGCCUCGCCCUCAACCGUGCCUGCCACCGUCGCCGAAUACAGAGCUGCCCUCCAUCACCCAGCUGGAGCUGGAGUGGGAUGAUAGUUACGAUGCGUGCCCGGUGCAGACCGCUGAGGCUCCCGUGGAGAGUAAACGUCCACGGCAGCCUCCUGCUGAGCCCCCAAAGCAUAUCCAGGAGAUGAGGAAAACGGCCAUCAUGUUGGUUCAAGGCUCAUAUAUCGAGGAAAAUGAGUUCGAGGACGACGUCAUGGUGUACGAUCUUGUUGCCAAGAAAGACACCAGAGACGUCGAACGGGUUAAAUCCAACGGGUCUAAAUCAGAAGAAACCCAACCAGGCUCAGCAGCAGUUCCCCUAAAAAACGGACUCAGUCUAACUCUUCCAACCUCUGUGAUGGCUGAUAAAAAGAGCCUGGACACAAAGGUCAAAGGUCAGAUGGAUAGCAAUUCCCACCUACAAAUCACCGCAGCUGCCGAGGCGGGUGACGACCUUUUGGCUCAGUAUGAGGAGCUCAUUCGUACGUUGGACACAAAAACAGGUGGCAAACAGGUCAAACCUGAUGGAGAGUUGAAGAAGCCUGUCAUACCUGCGGAGGAGGAUGAGGAGGAGGAAGAGGAGAUGGAUUUUACCUCCUUCUCUGCUGAAACACCGGAGGCAGACAAACUGCAUUCACCUUUUGGGGUGAAGUUUGUCAGCGGAGGUGCAGGUAGAAGCCAGUCGAUGCCUUUUACUGGUCCAUUUGUCAGCGUGCUGCUGUCUCGUCUGGAGACCAUGCCGUCUAACUCGCUUCACGUCAACUUGUUGUUGACGGGCAUCCUGGCCCAGUUGGCGGCCUACCCUCAGCCUCUCCUGCGCUCCUUCCUGCUCAACACCAACAUGGUCUUUCAGCCGACCGUUCGCUCCCUUUACCAGGUACUGGCAACCGUGAAGAACCAGAUAGAACAGCAGGCUGCCACCAGAAAAGACUUUCCAGAGCUGAUCAUUACCGCCCAACACUGGCUGCUGGCCAGGGAGCCUUCAUUCAUGGCAGCAGACAAAAGCAGCAGCAGCUCCACCCACGGCGAGGCGGGAAGGUUGUUGAAGAAUUCGCCGCCACCAAAACCCAAAGCCAUCUCUCUGGAUCGGACAGAAGUCUUCGCUACCGUCCUCUUCACGGAGUUCCUCAAAGAACUGGCCGCCAUUGCACAAGAGCACUCCAUCUUAUCGUACAUUCCUAUGGAAGAGUGAUCGUGUCCCAAUAGAGUCCAGUUUGAAGACUUUAAAAGACUCCAUUUAAGAUGUUUUUGUCCUUUUCAGGUACUACUUGAUGAAGAAACCUCUCAGAUCUUGUAAACUAUUUUUAAAAAAUCAUAGUGUAUUUAUUUUCCCAAGCAAAGACAAUCAAUUUCUUAUGCUUUUUAAUUUCAUCUCUCUAGUUCUGUUUUUGCAGUAGUAGGGCAUAAACAUUGACCUGUUUGCUGAAGCCUGCACCAGCCUCAUAAGAGUGAGCUCCAGGUCCACCAACCAAAGACUGCACAGAGAUGAUUUUAACAAUCAUCAGUCCUUAUCUGAACUUCUGAAUGUCUUCUACCACCAGCUCCAACCACAGCAACAUGUCCGCUGCUCAGUGUGGUUCUGUUAAAUACACAGGUGGCCUUUCUGGACAGUUGUUGCCUCUUUGCCAUAGACAGGUUUCUUGUAUACAAACAUUACUGGGUGCGUGCGCAUUCAGGGGGAAAAACCGCUUUGGCAGUCGUUGUAAUCAACGUACAGCAUACCGGAGUGAGCUUUACCCCGCCAUAGUCGCGUAACGUCACAGCAAUUUAGAGCCGUAACGAAGUCUUGUAUCACUUUUAAGUUUUAAGGCAUAGUCCCUAAUCAUAUAUGAAUAUUUCCGUAGCGCAUGGGUCGAUCACCGUGUUGUUGAUCAGUUCAUUUUUAUUGAUCUGCGGAACAUAACAGCUCGACAUGACCAGCUGCAGCUUUGCUAGCGCUGUGUGACUAGAAUGCUUCUGCCCAUCAGGGCUGGAUCUAUAAUCUUCUUCUGUUUUUUAACAAAGGCAUUUGAUCCCCUCUGAAUGCUAAACAUUUUCAAUCCAUCUUUUCUGCAGCUGGUGCAGUUUACUGCACAACAACUCUAAUUUGCAGCUAGGCUCUGCUGAGCAUGCCGUGCUUUCUGCCCCCCUCGCUGCGUACACAUCUCUGUGAUGACGUUGCACAGAAACCUGUCUAUAGGAUCACACUCCAUAUCUGAGCACCACCUGGAGCCUCUGUCGCUUUCAGGGAGCGAGCCUUUAUAUUAGCAGCAUAAAAAUGUAAUUUAAAGAUGUAGCCGACCGGCAGCAGGGCCGGCAUCAUCACACAUCCAAACUUUCUUCUUCUUAUGCAACUGUUACAUGACAAAACAGGUGGGUCACUUUUGUCUUUAAACUUUGGUGUUUAGUACAUUUUGUUUUGGUGUUUUUCUGUUAAUUCAUGACGGUACCUCAGGAGUCUUUUUAAUGCACGUUCUCUCGUUCAGCCUUUGGAUGAAGCAGUUUUACCACAAUGCACUAGUUUCUCACAAUAAUGGGCUCCACAUGUUCUCCAAAACCAGACUUAUUCGUGUUACAGUAUAUUUAAUUUGCCUUACUUUAGUGAUGCUUUAUGAUGUACAUAUUGUAAGAAAACACUAUGCAAAUCAAGGAUAUUUGGGGUAUAAUUAAGUUUGGGAUAUUUCCAGAAUGGGAUGGGGUAUUUAAGCUUUUAAGAGAGUUUCUAUUGCCAUAUUGUUUUGUUCACAUGGUUAUACUAGAUGCUAGUUGUUACGGUUUUGUCAUCACCUUCUAUUUAGGGAUUGUGUAGGGUGUUGUGAUCAUACCACUGUUGGGAGUGUCGUAGUUUUGCAUCUGUUAAAAACCAUCUCAAUAAUUUGCCUUUAUUUUAGUCCAGGUAUUUCACAUGGUUGUUUUAAAAUGAGAUAAUACAAGAGAUAUAUUUUGUUACAAAGCAUGCCUCUGCUGUCUAAAUGAAUUUACCAGGACAGAAAUACUUAAUAAUUAGUGCCUAAAUUAUGAUUUUAGUUCACAUUAUUGCCUGAUUUCGAAUGGAUUUACACAGGAACUGAUGUUUUUUUUUUUUACUUGAAGCUGUCCAUUGUCAGAGUUUUAAGGAAAGGCCAAAGGGACUGAAAACGUGCAACAUAUAUAGUUCUGUCACAUUAUUCCUGAUGUGUUGUUUCACUUUCAAUACUUUUAUUUUCAACAUAAUAAAAUGACACAAUACAAAGACCUCCAAUUGAGACGAGACACAAUCACAUAUUAUUUUUAUUAUGGCUGUUAAACUUAAUGCGAUAAUAAUGCAUUAACGCCACUAAUUUCUUUAACGCGUUUACGUCACUUGUGAUUUUUAGGUUGUAGCGGGCUCAGUUUUAAAGCUAGAGUUAAGAUACUGGCAUCAUAUCGAUUGGUACCAACCAUGUCAUACUAGCUUGCCGCUAAAUAACGCUCCAAACUUACCCUUAAUUUACUUUAAGGUAUAUUUAGAAUAGAUAACAAAUGUGCAAUUAAUUGCGAUUAAUUAUAGACAAUCGUGCAAUUAAUUGCAAUUAAAUAUUUUAAUCGAUUAACAGCCCCAAUUUUUAUUUUAUGUAUUUAUUUUUCUUCUUUUUUGGGGGGGAUGUGUUGUGUUUCAUAUCAACUUAAUUUAAUGUAUUUGUUUCAAACAAAUUUUCUAGAAGUAAAAAAGUAAACACCAUCCAUUUACAACUUGAUAUAAAGAUGCAGUUAAUAGAUAAUGUGGACAUUUACCUGAGAAAUACAACAUUUCGUUGCAUACGUUUCAUAAUAUCUUGAAUUUUAUAUUGAAAAAUAUGUCAGAAAUGAUUAGAACUGUUAAUUCAGAGCAGAUUUAAUGGACUGCUUCGACAAGGUCUAACAAAAAGUAAAUGUGCUAUUGUACAAACACAAAUUAUUAGGACAUGUUGUAAAACUACACUAGGUUGAUCAUCGGCUUAAAGUCCAGCUAAUGCGACGAAAAGAAUUGUUUAACUUUAGUUUUAAGUGUUUUUCUUCCUAUUUAAAUCCAUUCGGUCUGAUGCUACGCAGGCAAUAGAUUAUGCAGUUGGAUCUUUGUGUACUCUCAUUUUACAAAAAUGGCUCAGAAGUGUAUAUUUGUAUCAAUCUACGCCAUUUUCAGAGUAGUUGAAUGAGUAUUUGUCGGGUAAAAGAAUGUCGCUGAGCACUUUAUCAGCCUUUUCAUACCACAGUCACUCUGCACUGCUGACACCUCAACCGGCACAGAUUCAUUCACACCCAGCGCAGCAUAACAACCUCUGUUUUAGCAGCAUUGUGGCAUGAAGAUGGGUAUUAUAACCAAGAUUGUAGACCGGUUUCUUUCUCUAUUCCAAAGAUGCAUCCUCUCUGACACCGUUUAGCCUCAGUUUUCUGUCCAGGAUAUGAUCAGGUUGCUGUUUGUUGCUGAUGUCUGACACCCAGAGGCAUGCCUCUUUUAAUAAAAGUCUGGUAAAUGAAA